AUGGGCGCCAGCACGCUCCCCAGUCAGCAAACAGCCCUCGUUGUCCAGGGACCCGGAAAGCUCGCCGUUCAACAUGAUGUCUCGGUCCCAGCCUUGAGAGACGACGGAGCCAUCAUCAAAGUCGCUGCUGUGGCCAUUAACCCAGUAGACGCCAAAAUCCUCGACUUCAGUCCCGCAAUAGGUGCAGUUCAUGGACACGACUUCGCAGGCACCAUCGUCGCUGUGGGCCCCAAUGCGCCGAGUUACCUGGCCGUGGGAGACCGCGUGGCCAGCACAGUGCACGGGAAUAACGCCAUGGAGCCCGGGGUUGGAGCCUUUUCCGAGUAUGUUGCGUCAGAUGGGGGUCUUCUGCUCAAGAUUCCUGAUAGUAUGAGCUUUGAGGAGGCGGCAACUAUCGGCAUUGGCUUGGGCACGGCGCUCUUGUGCAUCUUCCGCGAGCUGGAGCUGCCGGGUCCUCUGUAUCCACGCGAUCCCUCCAGGGCUGAGGAUUUCAUCUUGAUUGCGGGUGGAAGCACGGCUACCGGCACUCGUACGAUCCAAUUGCUGAAGCUGAUGGGGCUGCGCGUCCUAACUACUUGUUCUCCGCCCAACUAUGACCUGGCACUGAAGUUCGGCGCUGAAAAGGUCUUUGACUACCACAGUCCCACCUGCGCCGUCGAUAUCCGUUCCUAUACGGGUAACGCUUUGGCCUAUGCCAUAGAUUGCGUCUCGCAGGCAGACACAACCCAAUUAUGCUAUGCAGCUAUUGGACGGGCUGGUGGCCGCUAUGUCUCUCUGGAGCCGUACCGUGAGACUGUGACUGCGACGCGGGCUUUGACCAUUGAGCCAUCAUUCUGCAUGGCCAUGACCUUGUUCGGAAAGAAGGUGGCCCUCGAUGGGAUCUAUGGCAGGGAGGCUCAGCCUCAAGACAGACAGAUGGCCAACGAUAUGUUUCCUCAAGUCCAAAAGCUUAUGGAUGAUGGAUUGUUCUCGACACAUCCUGUGAAGUCCAUGGAUGGCGGAUGGGCAGGGGUGAUACGAGGCAUUGACUUGGUGCGUGCUCAGACUUCUUCGGGCUAUAAGCUGGUCUAUGCUGUUUGA